UUAACUGCUUAGAUAUGGCAACCCAACAAUCUAAGCCAUAUGUUUUGUUUGUUUACAAUACUCUAAUUGAAAAUUAAAGAAAUCAAAAAAACUAAUUUUAUCUAAACAACAAAAUUUCAUACCAAAUUACAAUGAGUAAGGAUAUAUCGAAUACAACAUACGUAUUCAAUACAAAAGUAACCAAGCAAGGAGGGCACAAUGCAGAAAGCAAACUGUUAAGAUUUGAAGAAAUUGCCAUUCCGUCACCCACCGCGACAACGAAGAAUUUGAACGCCGUAAAUAAACCACGACAAACAAACAAGGAAUAUAUGACAAAACAAAAAGUAUAUGAUGUACUCAAAGAACCUGAAGAUUACAAACCAUUAAAAAGUGCACUAUCUCUAAAACCAAUUAAUAUGAAAUGUACAGCGGUACCACUGGUAGGGAAUAAAAUGAUUCAUAUCUCUUUUCCACAGUGCAUAAAUGCAACGUUAAAAGCGCAGCUUACAACGACUAGUAAUGAAGCGGCGUUUCGUUCUAAACCUACAGUAACGGUUAAACUUCCCACUAAAGAUGCAUCACCUGCUGCUGCCACAACUCUUUCAGUUGAUGAUACCACAACAACAACUAGCACUACUAGUCCAACAACUCUGAAACCAACUGCAGUUGUUUCUACUGCAAACCCAACAGAGUUGACCGAAUCUUUGAAAAAAUCUGAAAUUGACAGUGUCUCGCAGCUUCCAAAAGCAACAGCAACGACGACAGAAAAUGAAAAAAUUAUAACCAUUACAACAACAGCAGAGACAGAAAUUGAAAGUUUCAAUUCCAAUACGACUUCAACAUCAAGUUUAGAAAUAUCAGCAGUAGGCAUAAACGGAAAAGUAACUACUAAUACCGCACCAAUUACAGCUCCGUCGGCAAGCACAACUAAUUCAAUACCCUAUAAUAAUAUUAGACAGAAAUUACCAUUCAACAAAAAGUCCGUUAUGCGUUCAGUAAAUAUUCCACUUUCGAUUGCUUCGAAGGCACACAAAACUUUAGCUCUUACGGGAGCUAAAAUACCAAUUCGUCCUUUGAUCAAAUCCCGUAAUUGCGUUUUACUUUCGACAAAAUCAAAUACAACUGCUAAGGAUAAGGGCGUAAUUAAAUUUAUUCCGAAGAGCCCUUGGCCUAAGAAAUAUGUAGCCGACGAGUGCGACGAAUCGAAUCCACCUAAGCUAACCGUUAACAACAACAACAACGAAUCGAAUCCAACCGAUUCAAAUAGUAAUGACGCACUUAUUAGCAAGGAUGCAGAAAAGUUGCCUGCGGCUGGGAAAGAAGUUUUGGUUGUAACAACGGACAUCGAUACCAAAAAAACUGUUGUUAAUAUACCAGUAGUGCCACUGGUAGGGAAACGAAAAUAUACUGAUCCAGCCAUGAUCCCGAUACUUUCCUUCUCAUAUCAGAAAUCUCUUUCGGAUUAUAUACGAAAAGCAAAGGAAUUUCACAAACGCGCCAAAAUAUGUGCAACAGCCGCUUUAGCAACGAUUGAUAAGUCGAAAAUUAAUAAGGUGGAGAGUGCGAAAAAUUUUAUUUCAACCGAUUCAGAUGAAAGAGGUAACAACGAUAAUACGAAUAUGAAAUGUGACCAUGAAUCUAAUCUUAAAGAAGGUGAUAGCACUGCAGAUCGACGAAUAGAGGUAACGGCAAUGGAAGUUGAAGUGAUGGCUAAUGGCGGAUCUGAAAACAACGAAAAAAGUACAGAUAUGGAAAUAACAGAGAAGAUAGGUAGCUUAAAAUAUGUGAAAUCAACAACUAAAGAUAUAGACAACCUGAAAGAUGUGGAAAAAGUUGAAAAGUUGGAAAAUGUGAAAACUACAAGCCUAGAUAACCUAAAAUAUCUGAAAACACUAACUGAUGUGAAAUCAGCGCCAAGUAUAGAUAAAUUAACAAAUGUGAAAUCGGCGGAAAGUCCAAAAAAUUCAGAAGAUAAUGAAUCAGGUAAAAACACAGACGACCUAAAAAAGAAGGAGUCAGCCAAUGGAACCGAAGAUAUCGAACCAACGGUACACACAAAUAACUCAAGAAAAGAGGAAACAGCGAAAGGAAUCAAAAACCUAAAAGAUAUAAAAUCAGCUGAAAACAGAGAUCAACUAAAAGAUUUGAAAUCAGGUGAAGACACAGAUGACCUGAAAGUUGUGGAGUCAAUCAAUGGCACAAAAGUAAGAGAAGGUAUCGAAUCAGCGGAACACACAAAUAACCCAAGAGAAAAGGAAACAGCGGAAGAAGUAGAAAAUCUAAAGGACAUCGAAUCAUCUGAAAACGAAGAUCGGCCAAACGAUUUGGAAGCAACGGCAGAUAUAGAAAACUUAAAAGUUAUGAAAUCAACUGAAAGUGCAAACCUAAAAUAUGACAAAUCAGCCGAUAAGACGGAAAAGCUGAAAGACAUCGAUACAAAAAUCCUAAAAAAUGUAGAAUCUACCGAAAUUACAGAAAUCCUAAAAAACAUGAAAUCAACGGAAUGCAGAGAAACCCCAAAAAGUUUGAAAGAUAACUUAAAAAUUAUGGAAUCAUCUGAGUAUACACAUAACCUAAAAGAAGUUGAAUCAACCGAAAGGACACAAAAUCGAAAGAGUGUGAAAUCAACUGGAAAUACAGAUGACACAGAAGAAGUGAAAUCAGCACAAGGCACGGUGAACCUUAACGAUAUCGAGGCAGCUGAAGGCACAGAUAGCCUAAAAGAGUCAGCUGAAAGCAUACAUGGUAUACAAGAUUUGGAAUCAACUGAAAGUACAGAAGCCCUAAAGGUGAUGAAAUCAACUAAAAGCGCAGAUAACCUGAAAGGUCUGGAAUCAAUCGAAAGGACAACAACUCUUAAGGAUAACAAAUCAGCUAAGGAUUCAAAUAACACACAAAAUAUAGAAUCUGCGGAAGUUAAAGAAAUCCUACAGGAUAUGGAAACUACUGAAUGUGUAGACAAUCGAAAAAAUAUUACCACAACAGCCGAAAUGAGUAACCAAAUAGAUAUCGAAUCUGAUUUAUUUACCUAUGAAAUAUUCAAUAAUGUCAGUGGUAUUAAUAAUGCAAGUACACGCAAUGAGCAUACACAAACAAAAGAUAGCACAAUUAAGAUUCUCAAAAAUAUUUUUGAAUUAAAAGAAAAAGUUCAGCAACAAGCGGAAGAAAUUAUGUUGCUAAAAGCUGCAAUGAAAUUGUUAAAGACACCAAAUAUGUUGAAUAGACCUUAAUUAAAACGAUAAUUUUAUGUGAUUACAAUUAAUGUUAAAAUAUAUAUUUGAAAUAUGUAGGUUUAUUCAAAUAAAAAAUAAUAUUGUAAAAAACAAUUUA